AGGGCGGGGGCAGCAGAGCAGCGGCGCCCAGCCGCGGAGCACCAGGAGCGCUCGGGUCCCUCUCUGGGACACAUGCUCUGAUUUUUUUUUUUUUUAUUUUUUUUUUUUGGGGUGGUCCUUUGGGGGCCCCGGGAGUCGGCUUCGAGGAUUUUUAUUUUUUUUUAUACAUAUAUAUAUAUUUUUUUUUGAGGGAUGUUUGGCGAAGCUGCCCUCCGAUGGUUCCUAACCCGCUCCGCUCCGCGCAGGAUGCGCUCGGCGCUGCGCCCCUCGUCCCGCCGGGGCUGCCUCCCCCUGCUGCUGGCGAAGGCUGUUUUGUCAACGGCUGCCGCAGUGGAGGUUAGGAGGGACAGGGUGGAUCUCUUGGAGCUAAGCAGGAAAGGGGAAGACUUUUACCAGGUCCAGGACAGCGGUUGGUUUUGCAGGAUGUGCCCCGCAGGCACCUACGUGGCGGAGCACUGUAAAGAGCAAAACGGCUCCAGCACGUGUUUGCCGUGCGAAGCAGACGGGUACGUCGAAUACCCCAGUCGCUUCAGCAGGUGCCUGCGCUGCUGGACGUGUAGGGAAGACCAGGUGGAGCUGAGUCCUUGCAGUGCCACCAGGAACACGCAGUGCAUCUGCAAGAACGGCACCUUCUGCUCCCCCGACCACCCCUGCGAGAUGUGCCAGAAGUGCCAGUCCCGGUGCCCCAGCGGGCAAGUGAAGAUAGCUCCGUGCACGCCGCACAGCGACCUCCUUUGCGGCCCCCCCACGGGCUCCUUCUCCGGCUCCUACAGUAAGUUUGGGGCGGCUGGAGGGACGGGGGCGAGGGCUGGAGGUGUGGGAGCUGCUGCCUCAACGUGCCCUGUGUUACCAGUGAUCAUCAUCGUCAUCAUCGUGGCGGUGGCCGUGGUCCUGCUGCUGGUCUUGCUGUGGAAGUGCUGCUGCAGGCACCCCGCUGCAGGGGACAGCAGAGACCUGGGCAGAAAGUCUGGCAACGUGGUGCACUACCUGGUGCUGCAGCUGACCCGGCGCUGGCGGGGUGGGCUGGGGACGCGGGACAACAUCCGCAACGAGCACCUCUCCCGGGACCAGGAGCAGGGGCUGCUCCCUGCCGUGGGGGCUCCCAGCGCCCCAGGGCUGGAGGAGGUGGUAGCAAGGACCUCGGAUCCCAGUGUGAAAACCCAAAAGAUUCUGGUUCCAGUGCCAGGAGAAGACCCCGUUAUCCUUCUGCGUCGCUCUUUUCACGUCUUUGCCCGAGACGUGCCCUUCAAGGACUGGAAGAGAUACGGCCGAGCCCUCGACCUGCUGGAGAACGACCUCGCUCUGGCGGAGAUGAACGACAAAUACUCGCAGGAGCCCUUCUUCCAGAUGCUCAACAUGUGGCAGAACAAGCAAGGGAUGAGCGCCUCCGUGAACACGCUGCUGGAGGCCCUGCACCGCAUCGACCUGGGGGGCAUAGCAGAGGACAUCUCCUCCAAGCUGGUGCAGCAGGGCUCCUUCCAGUACCAAGUGAGCUAAGCAGCACCUUCCCACAUGGGAACACGAAUACCUUGAAGAACAGUUCCUGUUUUUUACCUUUUUAUUGUGGCUUACAGCCCUUGAAGCCCUUGUACAGCUGAGCCUGGAGGAGCUGAUCCUCCCGUGAAGUUCAAGCCCCGUGGCCUCCUCUGCCAGACCUAGGCUCUCGGUGCUUCCUCAUGAAACCCAAGCUGGUGCCUUCAUUUCACUCAAUCAAUGCAAUGAGCCAAAAACUAUUGCAAGCUGCCUUUGGGAUUGUCUCGCGGGGAAGCACUGGUACUCUAUGGACCUCGUGAGGCUUGGUGCCAAGCAGCAUCUUUGCACGGUGAAGGCAUCCUCUUGUUUUUAACUGGAUCAUCCUUUCCUGGGCUUUUUUUUUUUUCUCUUGUUUUGGUGGGAUUCCUGGCAUCUGCAACGACUUCUGCUGGCAGAACAUCUCAGAGGUGGCCAGCCUGCUUAAUGCUGUAUGCUUGGUGGGCCAGCAGCAGUUGAGUUCUUGGGUUAUUCCUUAAAAGCUUUUUUACUGUGCUGCAUUUUUAGGUAGUAGCAGUUCUGCUUGUUGUUAGAAAAUCCAACACUGGACUCAAGGGGAGGGCUGGGAGCCAUUUGCUGGCUCUGUGAUCGCCAGGGAAAAAAAAAAAAAAAGGGUUGAUGGAGGGAGCAGGAUGGAAAACAGCAAAUUAUCAGCUUGAGAAACCCUCCUCUCUCCUCCGUGACCGUGGUCAGGGCGCUUGGUUCCCCUUCCCCUGGCUCUUGGGGGUUUGCUGUCCCCAUCCACCUCGAGAGGUGACCGCGCUGAGCAUCCUCCAUCCCUCCCCAGGGACAAACACGUAGCUCAGGGACAAUGUGGCUGGAAACCUGCAGGGUUUGAGCUGGCUUAAACGUGCUGCAGCCCAGCCGCCGGGGACCUGCCCGGGCGCAGGGGCAGCGCCAGCUCCUCUGCACCCCCCCCCACUCCGUCCUCCCCCCACACCAAUUUGCCAACAACUUUUUAAAAAAAAAAAAACACAAAUCCCACCUCAAAAAUACAAGCAGAACAUUUGUAUUUAUGUAUUUAUUAGUAAUUGUAAACGUGUUCAUAUAUUAACUUAAAAGCUAAUAUAAAAAUAGUAUUGUUUUUUUUUUUUUUAACUAUGCAUGGUUGUGUGUUUUUGUACAGAGCUCUGGCCCAGCCAGCACAUCACUUCCAGUUUUUUACAGGUGUAUUUUAUGAAGAAGGAAUAAACUUUGUUUAAAAAAAAAAAAAAAAAAA